GCGUUCGUGGAGCUGUCAGCGACGGGCGGAGGAACACAGUCGUGGCUCUAGGGCUCAUUCCUGAGGUUUUGAAUCGCCACUUAGUGUUAGGCGUCCUUGGCGCCCUUUGUGGGCGGUCUCCGGGAGUCAGCCGGCGGCAUGGCAGCUCCCCGCCCUUUGGCCGCCCAGUCACCGGUUUGGGCUCGGGGUCGUCUACAGCGUCUGUGGCUGGGAGAGCAGAGAGAGAGCUGAUCUCUGACCCUACAGCGGGCUCAGCCAUCAUGGCUCUCUCAGUUCCCUUUUUUACGGAGGCCACCACAGGGGAAAAGGGUUCCGGUGGGUCCCCGUGCCAGGAGCUUGAGGGUUGCUGGGGGCCGAUGGCUUUGGCAAGACUAAGGUUUCCAGCCAGUCCAGACUCUUCCAGGAUGUACAUGCAGGUGGAGACCCGAACCAGCUCCUACCUCCAUCUGAAGAGGGCUCCAGGCAUCCGGUCGUGGUCCCUGCUGGUUGGAAUCCUGUCGACUGGGCUGGCUGCUGCCUACUACAGCGGAGAUAGUCUGGGCUGGAAGCUCUUCUAUGUCACAGGCUGCCUGUUCGUGGCUGUGCAGAAUCUGGAGGACUGGGAGGAAGCCGUCUUCAACAAGAGCACUGGGAAGGUCAUUUUGAAAACAUUCAGCCUCUACAGGAAGCUGCUGACCCUUCUUAAAGCAGGCCAUGACGAAGUGGUGGUCCUGCUGAAUGACAUCCGGGAUGUGAAUGUGGAGGAGGAGAAGGUCCGGUACUUCGGCAAGGGCUAUAUGGUGGUGCUGCGGUUCGCAACAGGCUUCUCCCAUCCCCUCACCCAGAGCGCAGUCAUGGGGCACCGCAGUGACGUGGAGGCCAUCGCGAAGCUCAUCACCAGCUUCCUGGAGCUGCACUGCCUGGAGAGCCCCUCAGAGCGGUCUCAGAGCAGCGACAGCGAGGCUGACGUUCCUGGCAGCCAGAGCUGACAGCCCCAAGUAGCUGUGGGCAGACGCCAUCCACACGGCCUCCCGGCCCUGGCUUCCAACAGCGCCCCAGCUGAGCAGCCAGUCGAGAGGCUCUGGGCAGGUCUUGGGUACCUGUAUCUCCUGGGCAGCGAGGGUGAACUCCUGCCUCUGCCCAUUCACACUCCUGCCUCCAUUCUGCCCAGAGCUGUGCUUUGUGGCCCAGGGGGCACAUACUUCAUCCAUUGGGCGCAGAAAACAUCGCCUCCCCCAGACUCGGACAGUGGCCCUGGCCGGGGCAGUGGGAUGAGGGGGUGAUGGAUAGCAUGGCCUGCCUCGUCCCAUGGGCUCUGAGACAAAAGGAUGCCCAGGCUUUGUUCAGCAUGCAGCCAGGGCCUGGCCUUCCCACAGCCAGAGGCUUUGCCAGCCUGUGCUCCUGGCACUGAGUUCUAUUCUUAAUAUGAUGCUUGUGUUCCCACGGGGAGGGCCAGGCUCCUCUGGAUACCGAGUCAGGAUGUCGUGCUUAGAAGACUCGUCGGCCUGUGCUGCCCUUGCUGGUUGGAUGUCCUCAGUGGGCAGGGGUUUCCCUGAGGGUAGACCUGACCCUGGGCAAGAUGCCUGGGCACUGUGGGCUGUGCCACCUAGGCUGCCCACGCAAAGGACCUUGCUCCCUUGCUGACACCAGGGAAAUGAACAUACCAACCGCCUUCCCAGACACUUGUCUUAGCCCAGCACACUGCAGCAUGCCUGCUGGCCACAGAAAGGCCACCUCCCACCCCAGCCGGGGCAGAAGAGAGGUCACCUCUUCUAGCAUCUUGUGGCAUCUGAAGACCAGGAGCUCUUCUGCAGAGACCCUGCUCCAGCUGUGAGGCCUGGAAAGUGCAGUAGACUCAGCUCCUGGCUGCAGCUAUUGGUCACGGAGCUGGGAGCCAGCCGCACUGAGUGCCCUGCCUGGCCCUGGGCCCGAGAGCUGUGGACUCCUGGCCCCUGGUCAGCACCCACUAAGCUGUGCUCGUAGGCAGCCAGGUAGAACUGGGAAGCCACAGCGUCACCUGGACGCAGGUCUGAGGCUGCUCUGAAGCCACUGCACCCUGGGCUAGACAGAACGCUCAGCCCUGAGUUGGGAAACAUGGUACUUUAAAUGCACAGCCAACGUUGGCUUCAAUGGCUGUAUCUGGGAUGUUUUUCUUUCCUAAAAAAAGUGUGAAAUACAGCAAUUGGUGUUUGGCUCGUCAA